AUGAAAUACUUAGCUGCUUACUUAUUAUUAAUCGAAGGUGGUAACACUUCUCCAUCAGCCUCUGACGUCAGUGCUUUAUUAGAAACCGUUGGUGCUGAAGUUGACCAAGGUAGAGUCAGUGCUUUAUUGAAGGACUUAGAAGGUAAGCAAGUCGCCGACUUAAUUGCUGAAGGUCAAACCAAGUUAGCUUCUGUCCCAACUGGUGGUGCUGCUUCUGCUGGUGGUGCUUCCGCUGCUGCUUCUGGUGAUGCCGGUGCAGCUGCUGCUGAAGAAGAAAAGGAAGAAGAAAAGGAAGAAUCCGAUGAAGAUAUGGGUAUGGGUUUAUUCGAUUAA